CGGGUCUGCGGGGAAGUUUGCAGAGUUCUCCGGAGAGUCAAAAACAAAGAAGGGUCCCAGCGUCAGGUGGGCCUGCGGUGCGGUCAGCUCGGCUGUGGUCAGGAGGAAGCCACAAAACAGGUCGACGUUUUUGACGGGGAGAAGAGGAAAUUGCGAUUUUCGGAAGCGCCCCUGGCCCCCCAACUAGAGAGCGACCCGGUGGAAGGACCCCCUCCGUGCCAGGGAGAUGACAACUUCUUUUGACAACUUUCAGGUCCCACCAGAUAUUCCGCCUCGCUCCACCUCCAUCGACAUGGACCCUCCUCCCGAACCCAGCAUGGCCAAGGAGUACGAAGAUCUCCAAAGCCUGGAUGUGCCAGGCAAACGUGGGCAGCACUUCGGGAGAGCGCUGCCUCCGUUCCAGUCGCCCUGGCGCCGGAUCUGCCCCACCAACCGCCUCGUCUUGGUCCUGAUGGGAUUCUGUUUUGUCUUGACUCUCUCGGUGGCUCUGCUUGGCGUUCAGAGGGCUCGUUUCAGCGGAGAUCAAGGGGCGGCAAAGGAGGCUCUCAAGAGUUUGAACCUGACGGUGAAAGCAGGGCUCAGCAGCAUCCAAGAGAAGAGGAACGACACCAGAACGAAACUGGCCGCGCUGGAGAAAAUGAUGAACGACCAGGUUUCGAAGAUGGAGAAAGUCAAGAAACAAGUUGAAGGCCAGUUGGACACCUUAAAGCAAGACUCGAGAGCUUUCCGCUGUGAGCUGGUGGAGAUGAGAAGCAACGGGAGCAAAACUGGGUGCUGCCCCAAAGGCUGGAAGAAUUUCGAGGAAAGCUGCUAUUGGAUGUCUCAGGACGCGGCUUCUUGGAACCAGGCCAAGCUGGACUGCGAGAAGAAAGAGGCUCACUUGGUGAUCAUCAACUCGCCGCAAGAGAAAAGAUUUGUGAGUCAGCGCUGGAGGUCCGUUGACAUAUGGAUCGGCCUGACGGACGUCACGGGAGUCUGGAAGUGGGUGGACGGGACUUCUUACAUGCUCCAGCAAGAGGACUGGGCUGAAGGGCAGCCGGACCACUGGUACGGCCACGGACUGGGAGGCGGAGAGGACUGUGUGCAGGCUUAUUCAAACGGCCUUUGGAACGACAACCACUGCUCUCGCCGGUUCUCUUGGAUGUGCGAGAUGGAGCUGGGCCUCUAGAGGAAACAGGAAGGAAGUUGGUACCUUUAUGCACAUGUGGUGGUACUGCGCCAAGAUAAGAGAAUUUUGGGACAUAAGAUACAAGGAACUCAAAAAGAUCUUCAAAUUCUCGUUUCGAAAAACAACAACCCUGAAGCCUUUUUGUUAGGUAUUAUGUCCACUGAUCUACAAAAAACCCCACAGAACCCUCUUUAUGUAUGCAGCCACAGCGACGAGGAUUUUAAUAGCAAAAAAAUUGGAAAGGCGAUGCCAUCCCCACAAAAACUGAUUGGCAAGCAAAGACGAUAGAAUAUUUGGAACUUGCAAGGAUGACUGGGAGAAUAAGAGGAAAUUCCGGCCGGAAAUUUAGUAAAGAUUGGCUAACGUUUAAAGAAUAUCUUUAAAAGCACUGUAAUUACACAAAUCUCCUGACAGAUUAGGACUGGAGAUUAGGAUUGGAGUUUAAGGAAAUUAUAAAGUGAAAAUUUCUACUGAUAAUUAAUGGAAAAGAAUAAUAAAAACGAAGUUGCCUAUAGACUAGUAAGGUAUAAAAAACACUGGUCCUGUAAGCUAGGGAUGAUGGGAGUUGUAGUCCCAAACAUCUGGAGGGCCGGAGUUUGCCUAUGCCUGCCUUACACGACCACCACAUAUGAUUAAAAAGUACAUUCCUUUUUCUUUACAUUUGAUUUAUUUAUGCUUCCAUGCUGCAACCAACCGCUUUUUCCUCCUUUGAUUGAUCACCCUACUAGUCCUCAUUGUAACUGAAGAUGGAGAAGUCAUGGUUGGCUUUUAUACGGCUUAGGACCUAUGUACCUACGGGACCUGGUAUGUCCCACGGAGGACCUUACGGUCUUCAAACAAAAACAUCUUGGAGGUCCCGGGCCACAGGGAGGUUAG